AUGAUGAGAAGAACUUGUGUAGUGAUUUUCGAUCAAAAGAAGUCUGUGUGUCCAAAAGAACAUUCUCUGGCUUGUGAUCAAGAAUCGUCCUCUUUUUAUAGCACCGAAGUGGAUCGUAAUCUCCUCCGCGUAUCUCGUCCACGUGCAACUACCGAUCCCGCUAUUUUCGGAUCUAAACGGUCGAAGCGAGAUUCUCGUUUGACUCGUUCAAACUCGGCUUGCGGACUUGACUCCGUCGAGCUAGAGCUCGACUUCGUCUUCACAAGUAGCUCGGACAGUAAACAGCUGGAUUUGGACAAAGAUACUUGGUGGGCUCGAGAAAUGGUUGAUGAAAGCGGCCUUGUACGCAUCCCAAGUGGUGAUGGAGUGAGCGGGCAGAGACUUCAACCAUCUUGA